UGCUGUGUUUAAAACCUCCCUGGCUAAGAGACCGGCAGGGUAGUUUAAUGGAAGCGCUUAUGUGUUUGGGCGACCUCACCUGUGUUAAACAUGACUGCGCUAGACAGUGGGGUCGUUUACAAGCAGAGUGACACGACCGUUAAAACAUAACGACGUUAAAUGUGCUUCUCGGCGACGUUAGCUGGAGAGCUAGCCGGCUAACCACCAGCCUGCGAAGAUCUAUUCGGAUUAAGCGGAUCGGGUUAAUCUGGAUUACACGUCCCAGGUUUACUCAGGACAAACUCAUAAACUCGGGAUUUCCGGACAGGUGGGAAGCACGAAGGACACCAGAGUCGGAAACGAGAGUGCGAAGAUGGACAGAAUAGAAACGACGGACGCGUCCCUGGACCCAGACCCUUCUCAGACAGGUUUUGCGAUCCCAAAUGAUACGCCCCCGUCGGAAAGUCACGCAGACCACCACGCAGAGGAUGUUUGUCCAGAGGACCCUAGUCCAGACAGGUACCCGGACACGCAGCGGGCAGGCACUGCCUCGGAAAACGCUGCAGAGGCGCAAGCGCGGGUACUUGAUGCGGAUGUCCAAAAGGAAGAGGCUGUUGAGUUCACCGAACCCGUCUGCCCUGACAUGUCAGAAAGUGACUCUGGAAAAGUGUCUGGGGACUGCGCCCUGACUGACAGUGGCCAGGAUAACUCGGGCGAAUUUGUCGUGGCCUUGUUAACCCGCGCAAAGCUGGAGGAGCAGGGUGUGGGCACAGAGGGCACACCCUCCCCUCUCUCGGAGGACGGCAUUCCGGUGAGGGCUUCUCCUCACAGGGAGGAGGACAUAAGCGGAGAGAGUUGGCGACAGCACCGGAAGCACGUGUUUGUGCUGAGCGAGGCCGGGAAACCUAUCUACUCGCGCUACGGUAGUGAGGAGGCACUCUCUUCCACCAUGGGAGUCAUGAUGGCUCUGGUCUCCUUCGUUCAGAGCGGCGACAACGUCAUUCGGUCUGUCUACUCGGAUGAGCACACCGUGGUGUUCAUGCAGCAGGGGCCGCUGGUCCUGGUGUCCGUCUCCAGCAGCCGGCAGUCGGAGCAGCAGCUCCGUGACGAGCUGCUCUAUGUCUAUAACCAGAUCGUCAGCAUGCUCACGCAGGCCAGCAUCACGCGCAUCUUCGAGAACAAGAAGAAUUACGACCUGCGCCGGCUGCUGGCCGGCUCCGAGAAGAUCCUGGAUGGUCUGCUGGACCUGGUGGACUCGGACCCGAGUUUCCUGCUGUCGGCCGUGCACUGCCUCCCCGUGGCGUCUUCCUUCAGGGACGCCCUCGGCCACAUCCUGCAGAAGAGCAUCACGCCCAACCUGGUCUUCUCCAUCCUCAUAGCCAAGAACCAGCUUCUCACCAUCGUCCAGGAGCGGACGGUGCUGGGGGACGCCAGGCUGAACGCGGCCGAUCUCCACCUCCUGCUCAACCUCGUCGGCGCUUCCUCGGCCUUCCAGGCGGGAGAGAUCUGGACGCCCAUCUGCCUGCCCGGAUUCAACCCCGACUGCUACUUCUAUGCCUACAUCUCCUACCUGGACCCGCCUGAGUGCACCGUGUGCCUGCUGCUCCUCUCCACGGACAAAGAGGCCUUCUAUGCCGUGGCCGAGUGCAAGAGGAAGAUCGAGGAGGCCAUGCAAGCCCAGAAUGCUCUGAGUGCCAUAGCCAAAGCUCAGUUCUACAGCGUCAGCCAGGUGGGGGUCUCUGACCUCCGCCACUUUAUGUACAAGCCCUUUGAUGUUCCAGACAACCACCGGCAACUAACGCAGUUCACCAGUCCUGAGAUGGAGGCGCCCUACAGCAACGCGGAGGAGAGAACAAGGCUACUGGACCUCUACAGAGACAUGCACAGCCGCGUCCACAGCUCCUCACGACCACUCAAACUCAUCUACCACGUGGCCGAGCGUGAGACACUGCUGGCCUGGGUCACAGGCAAGUUUGAACUGUACACUUGCUUCAGCCCUCUCGUGACGAAGGCCUGCGCCAUCAACGCCAUCACGAAACUGCUGCGCUGGGUGAAGAAAGAGGAGGAGCGGCUCUUCAUCCGCUACCCGCCCAAGUACACCACCACCCCCAACCCCAGCAAAAGCUCCAGGGCCGGGAAGGGUGGCGCUCAGAUGGACGCCGCAGACAAUGGCUUCCUGCCCCUGCCCUGAGGAUGGCCUGACCGAACACCAAACCCAACACCUCACCCCCACCGCCUUCCACCCCACACCCAACCAUCCCUCUACCUUGCCUGUGUUUUACACGAGCAGGGCUGGACACUGCUAGUUUAUGCCCACACCACGCUGGGAAAGACUUGCAUCUCUUAAUCCAGUAUCUUAAGCUUGGAGUGACACAAGAAGGCGGAAGAUCACAAGUAAGUACGGACAUUAGAGUCAGUAAACCAGUCGUAAUCUGAGGGGGUUUUUGGACGACGGCGGUGCUGGAAACUGUGAACGACUUGCUGGCUGUUUGAAUAAGCUCUUCUUGUGUUUGUAGAAGGAUUUGUUGAAUUGUACUAAACGGGUUGAAACGGCCUUCACUUGGUGCUGAAAGUCUUUGAGUCGAGCGGCUGUCGUCUUUUACUGCGAGUCCUGGUGUUUCCCUUCCUCCUCGGAGCAGAGGGCUUCAAAAACACACUUUCUCCCUCCAGACUGGUGUCAGACAAACCGCACUAUUGUCAAAACUACAACUGCACCACGCUGCAAUAUUGUAUGAAUGAUUUUUUUUUUUUUUAUCUUGCUAGUUUAUUUAAAUAUUAGUCAUAUUUGAUAUAAUACCAGAUAUGACCCACUAUUCCCAGAAGCAACCAAAUUCCCAAUUCCAAAUUGUCCAAUUCCCAGACCAAAGAACACUCUCGUAGCAUAAACAAGUCUAAAAUCUAAAAAGAUGCUUUGAGUGAAGCCGUCUGGUGAAUACCGACGAGAGGCGUUUGUACAACUACUUUGGCACUAGAUGGUGGAAUACAGCAGUGGGUUUUGUUCAGGCUUUUUCUUUCACGCUACGCGGUUGAAGCGAGUCCUUGACUACUGCCUUGCCCUGAUCGAUGAUUUGAUUUCAUAUUUAAGUGCAUUUAAAUGCAUCUUGAUUUUGCGACAUCAUCUCUGUCAUGCGUAAUUGAUUUUAUGACAUCGUCGCUGUCGUGCGUUUGCUUGUCCCUUAGAGCUUAUAGCCUGUCCGACAUGCCUUGCUAGCGUGUAUUGAUGGCACAGGGUGAUUCUCUCGUUUUCCGCGGUCUUCUGUUCUGGCACAUCCUCGUGUCUGGCUGAGCAGUUUUAUGCACUUCCUCUCCACUUACUGGAGACGUUGCAUGAAAAUGAAAUGCAAGGUAUUUGUGUUCUCUUUCUUUUAGUCUUGCCUGAUCUUAACACUUUUAUUCAGACGAUACUGGUGCUGGAAGAACUCCUCUACAUUGAUGAAGAACGUGUCCUUUACUGUUGAUCUGUUUGGGCACUAUGUUGUCUAUUGGAACCUGAAAGCCCACCCCCUACCCCAAGGCUGUGAUAUCCAAAAAUAUAGUUAACAAAGAGAGACCUUUGAAACAAAGCACAGACUGAAGAGUGUAUUUAUUUCCAUUUGCGAAAAUACUGUUUCCGACAUGUUUUUGGUACAACUUGCUGUUUU